GGAUUUUAGCGCUAAAAACCUAAAACUAGGUACCUCUGCGUUAUACAGCUACAAAUAAGUGCUCAAUCUUAAAUUAUCAUUAUUAUUGGGCGGGAAAGAGGAAAGGGAAGGGGGCAAAUUUGACAGUAACGAAGAGAAAUGAGGAGAGUGGCGAGUGGAUGGUCAAGUGAAACUGAUAGAUAGAGAAUGAAGAUGGAAAGACAGAAGCCCGCCAUGGAAUUCGAAGAAGACGACGACGAUUUCCUCUCUCAGUUGGCUGCCGCUGAGGCCCUCGCCUCCAAGCGCCGAAGGAUCACUCCCACUGCAAGCUCCGUCCUUUCCACCAAACAACCUUCCGACGACGAUGGCCUAUACAUGGCCGCUCUCAAAGGCAAUCAAAGCCUCCUUCGCCAGAGGACGGGCCCCGAUCCUCUGCGUGGGAGAGUAGCCGCCAAUGACGUCGUCUCUGGCGGCGAUUCUUGCUUUAAAUGCGGCAAAUCGGGGCACUGGGCUCGCGAUUGCGAUGCAGUACCUGGAGGAGGCGGCGCCAGUGGUGGUGGAGGGGGGCAAUAUAGUAAUUAUGGAGGAUCCGACCCUUCGAUUCCUGAGAAAAAUUGCCCCUGUGGAAUGGGAAUUUGUAUUGUUCUAACGGCAAAUACUGAGAAGAAUCGGGGCCGAAAGUUUUACAAAUGCCCUCUUCGACAGGAGAAUGGAGGAUGUGGUUUCUUUGAGUGGUGUGAUAAUGCAUCUGGAACUAAUUCCAUGGCGGGUGGGAAAUAUACGAGUGAUUCUAAUUACCCGGGCAUUCAAUGUCCUUGUGGAGCUGGUUUAUGCUUAAUUUUGACUGCAAAAACAGGCAACAAUGUCGGCCAGCAAUUCUAUCGCUGUCCUGCAAACCAGGGAAGUUCUUGUGGUUUCUUUAAGUGGUGCAACGACCAAGUGGCAUCAGCUGGUCGUUCAGUCACUGCCUCGAAGCUUAGUUAUAACUUGAGUGACACAAACAACACAAGCUUCACUGCAAAAAUUGGGUCUUCCUGUUUUAAAUGUGGAAAGGAAGGACACUGGGCAAGAGAUUGCUCCGUUUCUCCAUCGAACCCUCCUGCUGAGUUUGUAGGAAGAUCUGCUUCUGCUUCUUCUGGCACAUGCUAUAAAUGUGGUAAGCCUGGGCACUGGUCCAGGGACUGCACUUCUUCUCAAGUCUGAGGAAUGCGUGACUGAAUGCCUGAUCUACACUUGAGUCAGUUCCUUGUGAAGUAGGUGCCAAUAUGACAGUAGAGGUAGAGCAGGGUAAGUGGAGGGAUAUCAAUUUGGAUGUGGUAGAACGUGGACUUUUCCUGGAAGCUCUAUUUGUAUAAACAGGGUUAUGCAAGUUUUCUUCGUCAUGUACUGUUUUGAAUACAUUUUGAUGUAAAGGAACAGAGAAGAUUCUGAAGAAUAGAUGGAUAUUCUUUGAAUUGACUGACAACCUUUCUCUCA